AGCUGCUUCAUAAGGGUUGCCAUCCCUGCCGAGUACAAAUAACGGAAAGGCCGCCAAGGGUAAAAAAAAGGGACGCCGUGUGACGCUAUUUACCUGAAAUGCAACGACGCAGUAAUCCAGCUUGCUCGCCAUAAAAAUAUUCAUGUUAUCAUACAAAUAACGAGGUAAACAAAACACGGGCCAGCACUCGCAUCGCGAAACUUGAAGAGUGAAGAGUUAUCCAAAAUGGUACUGGCUCCAGAGGUUCGGAGUAUUGUGAAGGCGCUCAAGGGGUCGAAUAGCUGCGAGGAGAUAGCCCAGAUCCUGGAGUGCGACGUGGAGAGUGUGGUGAGCUGCAUCCGGGAGUGUGAGCUGCUCGAGGGCAAGACGGCCACAUUGAGAUUGCCGCAGAGGCCAAAGGCUGUUGCCAUGCCAGUUGCCACGCCAGUUGUCGCCCAGGAGGAGGAGAAGAGGCGCGAGGUGGGCCGACCCAAGGUCCUGGAAAACCGGCAGCUGGUCGAGCGGAUGCUAACCGAUCAUCCCCACUUCACCUCCAUCGAUGUCCAGCGGGAACUGGCCCGGCACGGCAUCGAGGUGAGCCGUAGAACCCUACAGCGCAGGAUCAGCGAGAUUCGCUCCAAGAACAACCAGCCACAGACGGGCUCUCCGUCGCCCAAGAAAUCCAGCAGCCAUGGCCUCAGCGAGGAAGCCAAACGGAAGAGAUUGGCCUGGGCCAAAGCCCAUCAGGAUUGGACGGUGCGCGACUGGCGCAACAUCUUCAACAUGGACGAUCUUAAGUUCGUGGACGAAUCAUCGCCGCCCAAGGAGAUCUUCCUGGACACUCUAAUGGGACCCGAGGGCAGCGUGUGCAGUGAUCUCAAUCUCCUCGAGCAACUGAUGGCCAUCAUCCAGCCCAGGAUCCAGAACCAGGCCCCCAACAAUGUCGGCGAGUUCCGAGCUGUUUUGUACGACGUUUGGCACUGCGACCAGGACAUGGUGGACAAGAUCGAGAUGCUCUACGAGUCGAUGACGUGGCGGGUCUCGGCGGUCCUCCGCUCUGGCGGGGAUCAAACCGAGUUCUGCUAGCCCAGCUAUAGAUCUAAAUUGUAAUACGAAUUCCAAAUGUUGGAUUAAAAAUGUACAAACAUUAUCAUGUUUGAUUACUUUAUUAAGUUUUUAGUGGCCAUAACAUGUACAUGGUACACUCUGAAUGGUUUUCAUACUCUAGUAAUUAAUACUUUUUCGACAAAUUGUAAAACCUUUUUACUUUUGACAAAAGAAACUUAUAAAUAAAGUUAUUGUAAUUAAAAAUAUUUCCUUAUUUCCUUUUCCUUAUAAACAUAAUAAAAAAGGCUCGAUUAA